GAGAGGGUAUAUCGAGGCCAAGGAGAUAAAGAUUAGCCUUCCAACAAAUCAGGUGAUAAGAAAGAGAAGCAAUAGUAGAUACUGUAUGUUUUAUAGAUGACUAGUAUGCAGGUGUUAAUAGAACUAAAGAACCACAGAGAUUUAGUUUGAGCUUGGCAAUGCAAUAAUUAGUUUUAUACGCUGGUUACAUUGAAGACUGUUAAACCUCAGAGUACAUGUAACAACUCAGUUCUAUUAAAUGGUGUGUGUGAAAGACUGAUAAGGGCAGAUAAUAUUUUCAAGUUUAUAUAUUUACAACGAGCACGCCUUAAAUAAAAAAUUAUUAAGGAACGCAGGAAGAAAAAACUUUUUCGUAGAAGUGUGCAGUCACACAUGCUCCUCCCUGAUAAUGACCAUGUGAUGCAGGACAAUCACAGGCUGACAGAGGAGGGAGGACAACCUGACUGUCCUCGCCUUGCAGAGAGUAGAGUGCAACAAAGAUACCAGAGAGAAGAAGAGCAGUUUUCUUAGCCUGAGAGUUGUUGGAUAUUUUGAGCUCCUGGACACUUGUGAAUUGCUACUAAAAGGAGAUAUCUGAUGACGAAGGUGCUGAUGGCAAGGAAUAUUCUGCUGGGAAUGUAAAAUAGAGAUAGAGAUACAGAGAAAGAAUCCCACGUGAAUCUGAAAUGGAAUCUCAGCCACACAAAAAAUUAUCCCAUUCAAUUGAAGAAAUUCUAAGGAGGCCCACAUGUGUCAGAAAAGAGAAAAGAGUUCAUCGCGACUGGUCUGUCAUCAAGGAGAACACCAGGACAACGAACCAGCUCUCAUGUGCAGAAACUCCACAAAAUAGACUACUUGACGAGACUCCAAAAGCCUCCACAGACUGCAUGAGUCAGAGGAAGAAGAGACAAACGAGGGUUACUUUCACACCAUUACAGGUGCAGGAGCUGGAGAAAGUCUUCCAGCAGACUCACUACCCAGACGUCAACAGCAGAGACCAGCUAGCCUCUCGCCUGCGCCUCACCGAGGGCCGAAUACAGAUUUGGUUUCAGAACCGCAGAGCCAAAUGGAGGAAGACAGAAACACUGAAGGAUCUAGAGCUGAUGACCAGCCAGGACAUCCAGCUAGCCAGUCAUCAGCUGCUUUAUUAUGAGCUCUCCCAGAAGCCCCAGCUGCAGGCAGCGUGCUGGCUGCCAUGCUGCGUACCCAAACCCCGUCAAUCAAGGCUGUUCCUCAGAGCGACAUGUGCUCCGACACCCACCUUGCUGACCAACACACAUUCCCCAGAUCCCAGGACUCUGUAUUUUGACCCGCUGGGGACAGACAGAUAGCAACAUCUGUACAAAUGAUGACACCAUUGUGUUAAAUCACAUGAGUAUCUGGUGAUAUACUGCAGACUGUAAUAUCUAAACUAUGUUUAUGCAACAGUUGAAUUGAUAAGUUUUCAUCAGAUGUGUUGACAA